CUUUCCCAAUAUCCCAUUUCUUUUCAAAUUCAUGUCGUCCCGCAAUUCUCGACGAACAAAACAAAAGUUUGAUUUUGUUUUCAAACUUCUUAAAGCCAUUUUUUUGUAUGGAAAAGUAAGAUUGCAUACAUAAUGCGGCGUAGUCAAGCGCCCAGUCAGUUAGGCUCCAGCGACAGCGUCUUCAAGAGCCCUUUAAUUGACAAGAAAAGAAAGAAGCGGGAAUGCGCAAGGAUUCCCCUGGCACAAAAAUCACCAUCUCAAGCAUUAUCCACUUCAGAACAUGAGAAUCUCAUCCGACAGAUACUGAGUAAGCCUUUCAAAGUACCCAUACCUAACUACGUGUCAUCAUAUUGUAGUAAAAGUCUUGGUUUAAAACGAACACAAGUGCGCCGCGCGUUACACGAUCCUGAUGAACCGAAUGCGCUUGUUUUAUACCGCCCCCCGUACAUCCCUGAACACGAAAAGAUGAAAAUGAGUCCUAAUGACAUUAAAGUGGCUGUUGUAGUUGAUCCAGUGCUCGGAAACAUACUAAGACCUCAUCAAAGAGAUGGUGUAAAGUUUAUGUACGACUGUGUCACUGGAAACCAAAUAGAAAAUGCGUAUGGAUGUAUAAUGGCUGAUGAAAUGGGUUUGGGAAAGACUUUACAGUGCAUAACCUUGCUUUGGACCUUAUUGAGACAAGGGCCUGAUUGCAAACCUACUAUUUGUAAGGCAAUCAUUGUGUGCCCGAGUAGUCUGGUUAAGAAUUGGUACAAUGAGAUUGGUAAGUGGUUAGGAACAAGAAUUAAUGCUUUGGCUAUGGAUGGUGGUUCUAAAGCAGAUAUAACAUUGAAGCUUCAGCAGUUUAUGAACACGUUUGCAGCUUUGAGAGUUGCAACUCCAGUUUUAAUUAUCUCUUAUGAAACAUUUAGGAUUUAUUCAAAUAUAUUGCACUCGUCUGAAGUAGGUUUAGUUCUCUGUGAUGAAGGACACAGAUUAAAGAACAGUGAAAAUCAGACAUAUCAAGCCUUGAUGGGUUUGAAAGCUAAAAGAAGAAUUUUAAUCUCAGGCACUCCAAUACAGAAUGAUUUGACAGAAUAUUUCAGCUUAGUACACUUUGUCAACGAAGGUAUAUUAGGAACUGCUCAGGAAUUCAAAAAGAGAUAUGAAAAUCCUAUUCUGAAAGGACAAGAUGCAUUAGCUACAGAACAAGAAAGGGAGAAAGCACAGGAAUGCCUACAAACCUUAACAUCAAUUGUCAACAAGUGUAUGAUCCGCAGAACUAGUUCCUUGCUCACUAAAUACUUGCCUGUUAAGUUUGAACAGGUCAUAUGUGUAAAGAUGACCGCCCUUCAGACUCAGAUAUACAAGAAUUUCAUCAAUUCUGAUGCUAUUCGUAACAAAUUCUCUGGUACAGGAGAAAAGAACACUUUAAGCGCCCUAUCAAGCAUUACAACUUUGAAGAAAUUAUGUAACCAUCCGGACUUAGUCUAUGAUAAAAUUAUUGAAAGAUCUGAAGGCUUUGAAAAGGCUAGAGACUUAUUGCCAAGUAAUUAUGACAUUAAAGAUGUUAAACCAGAGUAUUCUGGUAAACUUAUGAUUCUAGAUUGUAUUUUGGCUAAUUUAAAAACAAAUACAGAUGAUAAAAUAGUUUUGGUCUCAAAUUACACUCAAACUUUAGACUUAUUUGAGAAAUUGUGUCGAAAAAGAUGUUACCAGUAUGUGAGGCUUGACGGUUCGAUGACAAUCAAGAAACGAGCGAAGGUGGUUGAAAGUUUUAACCAAAAAGAUUCAAAAGAAUGGAUUUUCAUGUUAAGUUCAAAGGCUGGUGGCUGCGGCUUGAAUUUGAUUGGUGCUAACCGACUCAUCAUGUUUGAUCCCGAUUGGAACCCUGCUAAUGAUGAGCAGGCCAUGGCUCGGGUCUGGAGAGACGGACAGAAGAAACCUUGUUACAUUUACAGGUUACUGGCUACAGGUACAAUUGAAGAGAAGAUAUUCCAAAGACAGGCACACAAGAAAGCUUUGAGUGAUACUGUUGUGGAUCAAAAUGAGGAAUCGUUACGUCACUUCACUUCUGAUGAUUUGAAGGAUCUGUUCCGUCUGGAAGAGAACACAUUAUCAGAUACACACAGUAAAUUUAAAUGCCGUAGAUGUGUGAAUAACAUCCAGGUGACUCUUCCUCCGGAAAAUUCAGACUGUACAUCCGAUUUAUCAAACUGGUAUCAUUGUGCAGAUAAAAAGAGCUUAGCCGAUCUUGUUUUGAAGCAAUGCUGGGAUUUGGCUAAAAGCAUUUCAUUCGUUUUCAAUCACCGCUCUGCUGAAUGUGAGGCCAACAAAGUAAAAGACAGUAAAGAAGGUGAAGAAGAUAAAGAAAAUGUUCAACAAAGAAAGAGACGGAAGAUUGAUGAUGAUGAGGAUUAUUCAGAGCCUGAUGACAGUGCUGAUGAAGAUUAUCAAUAAUGUUUAUUUUUAUUUUCUGUUUGUUCCAAGUGAAAAAUUAUGUUUUACUUCAUUUUCAUUGUAAAUAUUAUAAUUUAAGUAGAUUGUGGAGAAUAUUAUAUUUUAUGAUUAUAAAACAUGUUUAUUAAAAAAAAAUACUGUGAAGUGAAGGUGCAAAAUGAAAAAAAAAAUUAUAAACGAAAAUAUUUAUUACAAAAAUAACAACUUAAUAUUUCUAUGAGACAUUCAAUAAUAUAUUUUUUAAAUCUAUAUAUAGAAAUAACAACAUACUAUAAUUAAACCGCUAAGUCUUACUCUUAGAAAA